AUGGCUACUCACCACGCGAAGAAUGAAGUUCUCAAGGCCGCUGCCUUAUUUGAUGUAUCUCACAUCACUGCAGUCGUAACAGGCGGCGCAACCGGUAUUGGACUGAUGAUCACCCAAGCACUACAGUCCAACGGAGCCAAGGUCUACAUCACAGGUCGUCGCAGAGAGGUCCUUGAACAAACCCAGAAGACCUAUGGUACAGGUCCUGGAAGCAUCCACGUCCUGCCAGGUGAUGUCAGCGAGAGAGAUGAGGCUAUCCGUCUUGCGGAGGAGGUCGGCAAUAAGGAGCCAAACGGCAUUCACCUACUCGUCAACAACGCUGGGAUUGCGGAGGACGACAACACCAAGUUCUCCUCGGCUGGUGAACCAGACACAAGUGACGCCAAGGCUCUUUCGGAGCACUUCCUCAAGACUGAGCCACAGCAGUGGGCCGACACACUGAAGACGAAUGUGACAGGGCCAUACUACAUGUCUAUGGCCUUCCUACCGUUACUGGCCAAAGGGCGUGAGACUACUCCAGGGUAUUCCUCCCAAAUUGUCAAUGUCUCCUCGAUCUCAGGAGCCAUGAAAGGUUCCAGUAUGGGCCAACCAGCCUACGCCACCUCCAAGGCUGCUCUUACCCACCUCAGCCGCAUGAUUGCUACCCUUACCAAGGACAUCAAGGUGCGAGUCAAUGUUAUCGCACCAGGGUUAUUCCCCAGUGAGAUGACUACUGGAGAGUCUGAUGAGGGUAACAAGAGCAACAUUGACAAGAAGAUGACAAACCCAGCAGGACGACCUGGUCAUGACACCGAUAUGGCUGCGACUAUUCUUUUCCUUGCUGGAAAGGGUGGCUUGUUUUAUAAUGGCCAGAUUGUUUAUCCUGACGGAGGUUCGACACUGAUCAACCCAGCAAUCGCAAAUUGA